AUGGCAUCUAUCACAACUGCAGGAGAGGCCGCGGCCCGAGUUGCCUACUUGGCCUCCGACCUGAUCGUCUCGGUCGUGCCUACCCUCGCCACAGAGUCCGAGUUCUCAGAAACGCUACGCAGGCUCCAAAAGCACAAUGCUCCCAGUGUGGUGGCAAAGGGACAGCCAGAGGUAUACUGCACUCUUCUUCAUCAUAGGCCACAGUGUUCUAAUCAUCUUGGCCUCCAGAUUGUCUCCCUACGCCAGAAUGCGGAUCCACUCCUCUCAGUCUUCCAGCCCACUCGCGCUGGUAAGCUCACCAGUGUGACUACGGACUCUUCCAUCCUUGUCAAAUCUAUUCCUCACCUCUACAAACUCGCACAAUAUCCUGUCGUUCUUCACGUCUCGGUCCAGCCCUCGGGCUUCCCCGACUUCUCAGACAUCACUUCCAUCAGGCAGUCUGGUUUCACAUUUCUCCAGUCAGAGACGCUACAGGAAUCACAGGAUCUUGCCAUUACAGCACAUGCUCUGGCUAUCAAGUCUGGCAAGGGUGUCAUUCACUUCUUUGACUCGGGCGCCACUGCUUUCAAGAAGUCCAUCCCGCUGGAAGAUGUGGAGCUGUUUGGGAGCGUGGUCGACUUGGACGCUGCGGCAACGUUCCAGCACACCAAGUCGGACGAAACCACAUUGUACGCAGAUGAUGGCCGAAAUCCAUCGCUGACGUUCGCUCGUAGCCAGGUUGUGAACGCCGCCAACACUCCAGCUGCUGCACCAUUAAACGCAGCUGAGCGAGGGACAUCGCUACCAGUAUCAGAGAGGAACAGCCAGCGCGCUGAUUCUUCGUCGGGUUCGUCACAGCGCGAACCCAGCACAAGUGCUGCGUCACUCUCCUCAGCUACAACGGUCGAGUCUUUAGUCUCGAAGCCCAUUUCUUCAGACGACAUCUAUCGUUUCGCCAAGCAGAUUUGGGAGACCAUCAAGGAGAAGACUGGACGUGACUAUGACGCGUUCGCAUAUACUGGCACAGGCCAAGAAGAGGCAGCCAUUUUCCUCUUUGGCGCUGAUACCGGUGUCUUCGCCACUGAGCUGGACACUGUCGAAGACACAGAGACAUAUGCCAAGACUGGUAUUAUCACUGCUCGGUUGUACCGACCUUGGCUGGGUGCCACGCUUGCUCAUCUCCUUCCCCGGUCGAUCAAGCGUAUCGCCGUACUAGAACAAGUUCGACGAAAGACGACAAGAUGGGGUCCCGUGCUCCUGGAUUUGUUAAUGUCACUAAAGGCUACUGGUGGUGCUGCCCCUAUCGUCGUUGGCUACCAAUUAGGGUACAUCAACGAGAAGACUGUCCAGCAAGCGCUACGCGGCGUAUUUCAGAAUCUCACAAGCGAAUCACCUGUCCAGAACCUUCAAAUAGGCAAACUGGACGGACCGGAAGCCCAGCCGGCGAAAGUGGAGCAACCGGGAUUAGAGAAUGCUUACAUGAAGAUUCUCAACCAGGUCUUUGGCGACAAACUUCACAUUGCCAAUCAGCUCGGAUCGCAGCACGCUGGCAUCUCCAACGAUAUAUCAUCAAGCCCCGAAUAUGGAUUCGGUUCGCUUAUUGCGCGACAGGAACACCGAAAGCGUUUCAUUGAUGAGGUUGCAACUGCCUCAAAAGGCAACGCCUUCGUCACCGAAGCGCCGAAACAAUGGCUAUCGAAGUGGGCGCUCAGCGCUGAAGACACUGACAAGGCAAACGAGUAUGCACCGGAAGUUAUUGCGCGCUUGAGCACGGAUGGUUCUUCCGUUGCGAGCCAGCUGUUGGAGUCGAAGAAGCUCUUCUACAAGGAGUCACCCUGGUUGAUUGGUUCAGAUGCUUGGGCUUAUGACCUCGGAAACUCUGGUGUUCAUCACGUCCUCGCAUCCGGUGAGAAUGUCAAUACGCUUAUCAUUGACUCCACUCCAUACUCAGAGCGCGAUGCUGCCGACGCCGCAAGGCGGAAGAAGGAUAUUGGUCUUUACGCGAUGAACUUCGGCAACGCAUACGUUGCUUCCGUCGCUGUGUACAGCUCUUACACCCAAGUGCUGGAGGCUAUGAUUGAAGCCGACAAGUUCGACGGUCCUUCAGUUGUGCUGGCAUACCUACCUUACGAGAAGGAGACGGAUACGCCUCUGACUGUCCUGCAGGAGACAAAGAAGGCAGUUGAUCUUGGCUAUUGGCCUCUCUACCGCUGGAACCCCAAGGCUGAGGAAAAGGGCGAAGACAACUUCAAACUUGAUUCUGAAAGAAUCAAAAAGGAGCUCGAGGAAUUCCUUGCGCGUGACAAUUACAUGUCACAGGUCAUGAGGCGCCACCCUCAAUUCUCAUCAAACAUCUCGGGAUCCUACGGUACCGAGGUUAGACAAUUGCAGAAGCGCAAAGCCAAGGAUGCAUACAGCCAGCUCCUUGAUGGCCUUGCUGGCGAACCCAUGACGGUCCUUUUUGCGUCUGACAACGGCAAUUCUCAAAACCUGGCGAAGCGUCUUGCAAACCGCGGUAAAGCCAGGGGUCUGAAGACCAUGGUCAUGGCCAUGGACGACUUCCCCAUCGAGGAUCUGCCCAAUGAGCAGAAUGUUGUCCUCUUCACCAGUGUUGCUGGCCAGGGAGAAUUCCCUCAGAAUGGCAGAACAUUCUGGGAGACUGUCAAGGAUUCCACAGAUCUCGACCUGGCGACUGUAAACAUCGCAGUGUUUGGUCUUGGUGACAGCCACUACUGGCCACGUAAAGAGGACAAGAUCUAUUACAACAAGCCUGCCAAAGACCUUCACGCUCGCCUGCUUACCCUUGGCGCGAAGCCUCUUGUCGAGUGUGGCCUCGGAGACGACCAAGACCCAGAUGCUUACCAAACGGCGUACAGUGAGUGGGAGCCAAAACUCUGGCAAGCACUUGGAGUCGACAACGUCGAGGGCCUUCCCGAGGAACCUGCGCCAAUCACCAAUGAGGACAUGAAGGCUGCAUCAAACUACCUAAGGGGAACCAUCGAGGAGGGUCUGGCGGACACGAGCACUGGCGCUAUUUCAGCCAGUGACCAGCAGCUUACCAAGUUCCAUGGUACCUACAUGCAGGACGACCGUGAUCUCCGUGAUGAGCGCAAAGCACAGGGACUUGAGCCUGCCUAUUCGUUCAUGAUCCGAUGCAGACUUGCUGGAGGUAUAUCAACACCCAAGCAGUGGCUACAGAUGGACGAAAUCAGUACCAAGCUUGGGAACGAGACUAUGAAACUGACAACGCGGCAAACAUUCCAGUUUCAUGGUGUCGUAAAAGGAAAGCUCAAGCCGGCAAUGCAGGCCAUCAACAGGGCCUUGAUGACCACCAUUGCUGCGUGCGGUGAUGUCAACCGUAACGUCAUGUGCAGUUCCCUUCCGACUCAGUCAAAUUAUCACUCUCAGGUUUACGCCGUAUCCCAAAAGAUAAGCGACCAUCUUCUUCCUUCGACAACGGCAUACCACGAGAUAUGGCUCGAGGAUGACGAGACGAAGCAGAAGAAGAAGGUUGCUGGUGAAGCCGUCCAAGACCACGAGCCACUGUACGGUCCUCUCUACUUGCCCCGAAAGUUCAAGAUCACCAUUGCCAUCCCACCACACAAUGAUACUGACGUCUACGCCCAUGAUAUUGGUCUCAUUGCGAUCAAGGGUGCUGAUGGCAAUCUUGUUGGAUUCAACGUCCUUGCAGGUGGUGGUAUGGGUGUGACUCAUAACAACAAGAAGACCUAUCCACGGACAGGAAGCAUGUUCGGCUAUGUUCCAACCGAGGAGGUCCACAUUGUGUGUGAGAAGAUUAUGUUGGUACAACGCGACCACGGCGACCGGAAGAACAGGAAGCACGCCCGUCUCAAGUACACCAUCGACGACAUGGGCAUCGAUGUCUUCCGUGGCAAGGUUGAAGAACUCUGGGGUCAGCAAUUUGCGGAUCCAAAGCCAUUCAAGUUUCAGAGCAACGUUGAUACCUUUGGCUGGCAAAAGGAUGAGAACGGCCUCAACCAUUUCACCUUUUUCAUUGAGAACGGUCGUAUUGAGGACACUGCUGAGUUCCCCAUGAAGACAGGUCUCGUAGAAGUUGCGAAGGUGCACAAAGGCGAAUUCAGAUUGACUGGUAACCAACAUCUCAUCCUUUCCAACGUAGCAGACGAGGAUCUGCCCGCAAUGAAGGAGCUUCUCAAGAAGUGGAAGCUCGACAAUACCAACUUUUCUGGUAUGAGGUUGUCCAGUUCCGCUUGUGUCGCCUUCCCUACUUGUGGUUUGGCCAUGGCCGAGUCAGAGCGCUAUCUACCUGAGCUCAUCUCUAAGCUCGAGGGUACACUGGAGGAGUCUGGUCUGCGACAAGAUAGCAUUGUCAUGCGAAUGACCGGCUGCCCCAAUGGCUGCGCUCGUCCUUGGCUCGCCGAGGUGGCAUUUGUCGGCAAGGCGUACGGCGCCUACAACAUGUAUCUUGGUGGUGGCUACCACGGCCAGCGAUUGAACAAGCUGUAUAGGAGUUCCAUCAAAGAGGAUGAGAUCUUGGAAAUUAUGAAGCCAUUGAUCAAGCAGUACGCCAAGGAACGAAACGAAGGCGAGCACUUUGGAGACUUUGUCAUCAGGAAAGGCUACAUCAACGAGACCACCCACGGUACAAAUUUCCAUGACAACACUGCGGAAGAGGAAUCAGAUGGAGAGUAG